AUGGAUGUCAAGAAUGCAUUCCUCAAUGGUGAUCUCACUGAGGAAGUUUGUAUGCAACCUCUUCCUGGUUCUUCUGUUCUAUCAAACAAAGCCAAGUAUACUUCUGAUCUCUUGGCUCGUGCUGGCCUUACCAACUGCAAGACUGCCACCACUUCUAUUGAUCCUCAGACUCGUCUUACACCUCUUGAAGGUUCUUUAUUGUUUGAUGCCACCAAAUAUCGUCAACUAGUUGGCAGUCUUGUCUAUCUCACGAUUACUCGUCCAGAUAUUGCUUAUGUUGUUCACAUCGUCAGUCAAUUCAUGGCUGCCCCCCGUUCUCCACACUAUAAUGCUCUAAUUCGCAUUUUGCGCUAUCUUAAAGGCACUCUAUUUCAUGGUCUUCACUAUUUCGCCCAAUCUUCUCUACAGCUCCAUGUUUUUUCUGAUGCAGAUUGGGCAGGAGAUCCUACUGACCGUCGUUUUACUACUGGGUUUUGCUUCUUCUUAGGCAACUCUCUUAUUGCCUGGCGUAGUAAGAAGCAAACACUUGUUGCACGUUCUAGUACCGAGGCUGAGUAUAGUGCUCUUACUGACACUACUCAGGAGCUUGUGUGGCUUCGUUGGCUUCUUUUUGAUAUGGGAGUUUCUCAUUCUGCUGCCACCAAUCUAUAUUGUGACAACCAAAGUGCUAUUUAG